AUGUCGUCUUUUCGAAGCCCCUCGCUAACUGCGUGGCUCAAAGUCGCCACACUGACGGCUACCAGUAUUUUGGGUGCAUCUGCUGCGGCAACUCCCAGAGCUGCGGCUUGUCUAGAUGUCUGGACUCCUAUCACCGCUAAGGACUACAAUGCCGCUAUCAACCCCGGAUGGAACCUUGGCAAUACGCUUGAUGCGAUUCCUGAUGAAGGGUCAUGGAACAACCCGGCUGUCGUCCAGGCUACAUUUGACGACGUGAAGAAGGCUGGCUUCAACAGUGUUAGAAUCCCAGGUAAGACUAACGAGAAUACCUUUCAAAUGGAGGGAGCCAGGCUUACCGUUCAAGUUACCUAUACCCAUCACUUCACUGGAAGUUCGCCAGACUGGACAAUCAAUUCCACUUGGCUUCAGAGAGUUUCCAAGGUUGUUGACAUGGCCCUAUCAAGCGGGCUCUAUGUGAUUACAAACGUUCACCAUGAUUCCUGGGAGUGGGCCGAUGUUUCAGCGUCUGGUGCGAACUUGACCAUGAUCGAGGAAAAGUUCUAUAGAACUUGGGUGCAGAUUGGCCAGACUCUUGCGUGCAAAUCGCCUAAGCUUGCUCUUGAGCCUAUCAAUGAGCCUCCCGCCAACACAGCAGCAGACGGCGCGGAGUUGAACAAACUCAACGAGCUGUUUCUAAAAGCACUUGCUGAGUCUGGUGGACAGAACGCUGCACGUGUCGUCACGUUGGCCGGUGGUAGCAUGGACAGCAUCAAAACUUCAGAGUGGUUCAAACUGCCGACAGGUAACUACAAGGCAAAACAGUAUCUGGCACUACAGUACCACUACUACAGCCCUUAUGACUUCAUCUUCCAAGCUUGGGGAAAGACGAUAUGGGGCUCCGAUGCCGAUAAGGCCACCCUGGAAGCUGACAUUGCGAACAUCCGCGGCAAUUUUACCGACCUUCCUCUGGUGAUUGGGGAGGCUGAAGCUGGCAUGUUACUUGAGCCGGCCGCAAGGCGCAAGUACAUCGACUUCUUUGCACGCACGGCCAAGAAAUACGACACCUCCUUGAUUGUUUGGGAUAAUGGCGACGGCUACCUAGACCGUAGCACACACACAUGGAGAGAUCCUCAGCUUCUCGAUAUACUCAAGAAUGCAGUUAAGGGGGUAUCAAACAGUCUCUCGGAUUCCACGACUGAUGGCUCAGCAACCUCGCAGUCCAGUUCGGCCUAUAUCUUCCACAAAGUCGGAGCUGCAGUCACAGACCAGGUUGUCAAGUUUCUUCUGAAUGGAAACACAGUCAAAUCUAUUCGUGCCACGGACGGAACAGUUCUUAGCUCGUCGAAAGACUACUCUGUUUCUGGUGGUGACGUGACCGUGAAAUCAGCAUUCCUCUCAAAGUACCUGUCGGCCACAGCAGCGCCGGGUAGCAAAACCAACCUCACCGUGUCAUUCUCCGCCGGAGCUGAUGCUACUGUAGAGGUUGUGCAAUGGGAUGUACCAGUACUGGGCUCGACAACAUCCAAGGCUCAAGCUGGAUCUGAUCUUAUCAUCCCGAUCACUUGGAAGGGCCUGUAUAAACUCGCUGCAGUCAAGAUGCUUCGCAAUGACGGGGUUUAUCUGUUUGAUGACUGGACCCAGUACUUGGGACCUCUGCAGCAAGCACGCGGAACAUAUAGCGGCCAGUGGGACCGUGACGGCGCAUCUGUGAAGCUUAUGGCUGCAACGGUCGCCCAAGUUAUCUCAGGUGGAGUCACGACAACGUUCACGUUCGAAUUCUACCCCAGAGUACCCGGAAACUCGGUCAACUACACUCUGACAGUGUAA